GGCAUUUACUAGAUGAGGCUGAGACUGAAGGAUAUCACCGUUGCUUUACUUUAAGUAGCAUCAUUGCAACUACCAAUGAAACGGACAAACUGCGCCAUUACAACCGAGUAAACAUUGAAGAAAGUUAAGCGAUGAGCUACUAAGAAAAUGGAAUUGGGAAUUAGCUUCGGCAUAAACCCCGCACUAAGAAUUGCCCAGCAAAUCUUCACCCCACCUUCCCUCGCCCCACUACAAUCACGACAGGUCUCCUGAUUAUCUAACCUGGAAGCUCAUAACUUGACUUUGAUAAACGAAUCCCCCGUUACUCAUUCCUAGCCACCGCGGAUUUCUAAGUUUCUAAAUCUCGUUCUUCGAACACAAAUUCACAACAGCUAUAUUUCUUCUUUAAAGAAGAAGGAAGAAGGAACUUCCAAAAAUGUCACCACCGCCCGUCUACCUCCUUGACGGCGGUUUAGGUACAACCCUCGCAGACCAACACGCCUGCACCUUCGACGACAGUACUCCCCUCUGGUCAUCUCACCUCCUAAUCACCGAUCCAGCUACUCUUCUCGCAGCUCAAACCGCAUUUGUUAACGCUGGCGCGGAUAUCUUGCUGAGUGCAAGUUAUCAGGUGAGUUUUGAAGGGUUUGCAUUGACCAAGACGAAGGUUGGUGAUGGCAUUGGGGAAGAGAGGGCGGGGCAGUUGAUGAGGAGUGCGGUGGGGAUUGCGAGGAAGGCUUUCAUAAAUGGAGGAAGGGAAGGGACGGAGAGAGGCAAGGUGGCAUUGAGUCUUGGCGCGUACGGAGCAACUAUGAUUCCUUCCCAGGAGUACAGCGGGAAGUACGAUGAAGCGCGGUUAUCCGUCUCCGGGCUGAAAGAGUGGCAUCUGAAGCGCCUGGGGGCAUUUACACCUACCUCUGGUCUCGGAGCAGGAGUGGCGAGGAGCAACAGUCUUGACGAGGAAGAGCGAUGCAGGUGCUGGAAGGAUGUGGAUCUUAUUGCUUUUGAGACUUUGCCGUUGCUAGAGGAGAUCACGGCUGUUAGGCAGGUUAUGCAUGAGCUCCAGGCUGGGGCAGUAGACCAGAGGGACUUUUGGAUUAGUUGUGUUUUUCCGGGGGAGGGAACGGGGCUGCCGGACGGGAGUAGUGUAGAGGAUGUGGUGAGGGCGAUGUUGGAGAGGAGAGAAGGAGAGAGUAUGCCGAUGGGAGUUGGUAUCAAUUGUACGAAGGUUGGCAAAUUGAAUGACUUGGUGUUGGAGUUUGAAAGGGUUGUUGGACAGGUGGUGCAAAGAGGCGAGGCUGACUGGCCAGCACUGGUGGUUUAUCCUGACGGGACUGAUGGGGAGGUUUAUGAUACUGUGACGAAGGAAUGGGUCAAGAGUGCCCCUGGGGGUAAAAGUGAAGUAAGUUUGCUCUCGUAACUACGGGCUCGGGGACAUUCUAAGGAAAUUGACUUUCAUAGACAUCGUGGGACGAUACUGUGUUCAGAAUAGUGGACCAAGCUAGGAAACGAGGAUGCUGGCAAAGUAUACUCGUGGGUGGGUGCUGCAAGACCACGCCGGA